GACUCAUUUCACCCCAAUCCACCUGGUUUUACCCCAUUUGUCUUUCCAAACUAAUAGCCAAUUUUUCAAAUUUUUUAGCAAAAUGAGGCAGCCUUGUUUGCUCUUUUUACCCUUGUUUGUCUUUUCAUUUUUUAAUUUUUCGGAUUGCAUGCUGCCGUGGACGAAGAAAAGAAAGGCGGUGAACCAAAUGGGCAUUAUAAAAGAUAUGUCGCAGGAGCUUAGGACUAAGGCCGAGCAGCUUCCAACCCCCGAAGACAUAUCAGCCAAAAUUCACAGAGUAGAUAAAGAGGUCAUCGAUAAGUUAAACAAAGACAUCAUAGAGGAAGAAAACUUAGACAAGCACAAACCGCAUGUCUGUCAGGAACCAGCAUACGAAAGGGACUAUUCGUACUUAUGUCCCGAAGACUGGGUAAAGAACUCCAACAAUCAGUGCUGGGGCAUAGACUACGAUGGUCACUGUGAAUCGCUAAAAUAUUUCCAAGAUUAUUCUGCAGAGGAGAAAAAAGAAUUUGAGGUGAACUGCUGCGUCUUGUGGCCCAAGUUAAAAAAUGAAGGCAUGAAAAGAGCGCACAAGAAGGACCUCCUAAGGGGAUCGAUAAAUUCAAACAAUGGGUUAAUAAUAAAACCGAAAUAUUUGUAAAGCGGGAGGAACGACACACAUGCAGAGGCAGCUCCAACGCGCGUAAGUUCGCGAGAG